AUGUACACUACGCUGUUCAAAUUAUCGGACGUAAGUCGCGGAGGUAACCUUGGAAUGACCUUCAGCUUUCAGACGUCCGCGAGCGAUCUGGCACGAACUGUCCCAAAAGACCGUGCACACUAUCAGUCGCGGCCGUCAGCCGCGUCCGUACGUAAGCCGCGUCCACUAGAGUGUCGGCUCCUUUACGUCUAAUUCUGUCCUAUUCUGAACCUUAGUCUGUGAAAUAAAAAACUAACCUCUCUGCACUUGACAAGUGACAGUUGACAGAUACUGCAAGAAAAUAGAAAAAAAAACUCUUACCUCUUACCUAUUCUACAAUACAAAAAAAAAUUCUUUUAGCAUUUAAUAAUUGCUAUAUCUUUCCCGUUAAUUCAAGAAAAACAUCACUGUUCUCAAAACUGCUGAGUUGAUGCUAAGUUAUGGGUCAAUAAACUGCGGAAACAAGUGACACUCACUCACGCAGCGCCUGUUUCAGCAAGAGAGUAUAAGAUGGAGGACGACAUAGACAUAGAGGAGCAUGAUCUGUUGAACAACCCGGUCUUGGACGGCGUGUUUCCAGAUCUUACCAUUUUGAAAAGUGAAAUCGUGGAUUUCAACAUAAGUGCAGAAACUUUGACAAAGACACAAGUACCAGAGAGAAAUGCAAACCAAGUGGAUGGCACUUUGGCGGAGAACAGUGGGAGUCUUCCUCCCGUGUGCCCCGCGCAUGACACAGAUGUCAAACCUGACCUCCUAUGUACUGACAUUGAUGAUACAAAACCUUCAGUGAGCAAUAAUUUAUCAGAAUCUGACAGAAUAGUCUCUCAAGUUAAGAUAGAGUCAGAGUUUUUUCAAUUGAAUGAAUUUAACAGCAACAGAAUAAAACUCAAUAGCGGAUUAGAUGUGAACAGUAUCUUAGAAUUUGACUAUAAUAACAUUAAGAAGGAGUACAUGUGUAGUGAUACUGAACCGGAUGCAGUGAUCACAAUCAACUCUUAUGGAGAAAAUAGCAGGAGAAUAACAAUAUUGAAAAAGUAUUUACAUGUGAAUGUAGUGCUUACAGACUGUUAUACAUCUGUAUUGAACAAUAACUGUUACUGUGCUCAGUGUGCAGUGUUGUUCCCCACCACUGAAGCGUAUAGUGAACAUUACACGAGCACACACACCGAGACCACUCACUCAAAUAAAGCCUCGGCUUCUCUUGUGUGUGUGAAACGUAAACAAAUCAUAUACCCACGUGAGAAAGCAUUUGUGUGUGACACCUGCACGAAAACAUUCAGCAAAAAAAGCAGCUUGAAAGAGCACAUCAUGUUAAUUCACACUGGCGACAAGCCAUUCGAGAGUGACAUUUGCAAGAAUACAUCUAGGUAUCGGUCCGCAAUGAAAAGACAAAAGUUACUUCACACUGGGGAGAAGCCCUUCCAGUGUGACAUUUGCACGAAAUCAUUUAACCAAAGAGGUGCUCUUAAGACGCACAAGUUACUUCACACUGCAGCAAAAUUAUUCCAGUGUGAAGAAUGCAAGAAAAACUUUAAAUAUUUAUGGACUUUAAAACGACACAAGUUAAUUCACUCUGAAAUUUCACGCGAAAAGCCAUUCCAGUGUGACAUUUGCAAGAAAUCAUUUUACCAAAUAAGUCAUUUGAAGAGCCACAAGUUAGUUCACACUGGCGAAAAACCAUUCCAGUGUGACAUUUGCAUGAAAACAUUUGCCCUAAGAAGUAAUUUAAAGAGCCACAUGUUACUUCACACUGGAGAAAAGCCAUUCCAGUGUGAAAUUUGCACAAAAACAUUUUACCGAAGAUGUCAUUUGAAGAGGCACAUGUUACAGUGCCACAAACUUAUCUGUUCCGGUGAGAGCGAACUAAAUUGAUCCAUAUCUCAUAAUAUUAUUAUAAAUUAUAACUAUAUAUUGAUUAAAUGGGUUUAUUGAAACCACAAGAGCGAAUUACCACUACUGGGAAACAUAAAAUCUUAUAGAAUGAAGAAAUAUUACACAUUUACGUGAGCUGUCACCGGAAUAGAUAAGUUUGUGGCACUGUACUCCACACUGCAGCACAGCCAUAUGAUUCUGAUGCGUCAGAAAAAAUGUGAGAGAGUUCAUGCCAGGAUGUUAAAAAGUGUGUUGUUCACUUUUAACUAUUGCAAGCCAGCGAAGUGAUUGCACUUUUCACUAAUGUAACUACUUGAUCUCGUGGUCUAAAGCCUUGAAUUCACUAGGGCACAAGUUUUGAGACUGUUACAGAACAUCUACGGUGCGUGUUCUCAGAACAUUUUGGUAACAUGUCGUGAUACAUGUUGCUUGUCCACACCAGCAGUCUCCGCCGACAUGUCGCCCGAGGUUGUCGUGGUAGUUAGUGCUGCAUGCUAGAAGUCGCGCACGCGUCCACACUCUGCAACAGCGGUCGCUAGACAGAUGUCGCAUUGAUCUCGCGAGCCAAAACACGGAACCUGUUCUGCAACACGUAGAUGUCGCUGUAUAGUCGCGUGCGACGUCGCAGAACAGAGCGCGACCCCGCGGCGACACGUAGACGACAUGUGCCUAGACAGGUUCUGCGAUAAUUUGUCGCCUAAUGAAUACGAGGCUUGUUAAGCUAUUCGGCUUUCAAUAUGGAGGUUGAGGGUUCGAGUCUCUGGGAGGAGUAACUAUUAAAUAUUAUUUUAGUUUUUCUUUGUUAGUCAUUAUAGGUAGGUUAUUUUAGACAAUCUUUAUCAAUAUGAGCAGGAAAUAAAAUAAAAAAUAUAAGUAUAAGAAAAAAAAACUUUAUUUCACUAUACUCGUACAAGUAAAUAAUAUAAGUCUGUAUGCAGAAUUAUUAUAAACAAAAGUAAACAAAUUCAGAAAUUGUAGAAUUACAACAAUGAGAACCAACAUGUUACUAAAUUUCACAAUUUAUAUCUCUUGUUGUUUUCUACAAUUAAAUUAAGUAUUGUGGUAUAUGUAUUGGUAAAUUAUAUAACCUUAUUGCAUUACUAUAAUAAAUGAGUGUUUAUUCAGCAUUCGGUUGUAUCACUCAUCUCAUCCUCACGCCGUUCCCUCCAUGGCGACCGUGCCAGUGACGCGUCGCGCGCCAUAUUUGGCAGGUCGGGCGACGCUACGUGAUUCUUCGUGUUAAAUUCAUCAUGGACUGUACUUUUCCACUAUAAAAAAUAAUUAAAAAUGUGCAACAGCAAGCUUCCAUCCCGGCCGGAACGAGCAGAAUUAGAAACAGGGGAUAUUAUUAACCAAAUCGGAUACUCCAACAAAAUUGACAAGCACAACGAGAAUAUAAUAAAUAAUUUGGGGUCAAUUAAUCUGUACAUAUGCGUACUCGUCGUUGCCGUCGUAUUUGCUAUGAUCUUAUGCCUGAUAGCAAGAUAUCUGAGCAAGUGCAUCAGCAUCGAAAGGAGCACUCGGAUGAUCGUGAUGCGGUUGAGCCAGCUGCAGGGCGCCCCACGAGCCAGGCACGAGGACGGCGCGAGCGGGAAGUGACCGCGGCGGGACCGCGGCUCUCGGGGUCCUCCCAGUGACCGGGAGCAUCGGAAGUGUUAACAGUGAGUGUUUUAAAGUGAUGGUCAAUUUGUGAAAGUCAGUCACAUCAGUCAGUCAGUGUGCAGAAAGUGGUAAAGUUAAAGUCAUGGACUUAUAUAUUCAUCGGGUAAAGUACCGUUAAUUAAUUAGAGACAGUCAAGCUAUAGUGAAAAACUUUUAGUAUCAGUUCUUAUUUUUAAUAUUAGGUACUAAUUAGUUA